GUCUCGCGGGGCGCAGACGACAGCGGACAGACCAUAGUGCCAUACUACCAUAGUCAACGUUCGGAGUUCGAACGACGAACACAGUCAUUUCUCAGAGGUUCAGCAUUCUGCAGUCUUCAUGAUUUAAUAAUUAUUAUAUCAUGGCAGUUUUAUAGUAUAACUUAUAGUUUUAGCGUUUUAUAGUACAGCUUCCCCCGUGCAAAUAAAAAUAAAGAAGAAGAACGCCAUAGUCCGUUUUUGUCGUUAUUUUAUCGUCACGAAUUGUGUCAUGCUUGAUUCUUGUUGGCGUUGUCGCUUCUACUAAGUAUGAUGUUAUAUAACUUGAGUCUAAUAGUUAUGGCGUAUGCCGUUGCCAUACAUUGUGAAGAUUGUAUUUUCAAUCUGAAACACAACGGAAAAGAUAUUCAAUUCGAUUUGACACGUUUUGAAGGAUUUCAAAAAGUGAACUUCAACAAGUUUGAUGAUAUGUUCUUAAAUAUUAAGUUAUGCAAAAGCAAUGAACAUACAUCAACUUGCGAUGGAAUGAAGUCCAAAAUAUGCUUAGUUAAAUACAAAAAAUAUUCUACAGAAGCAGAUAUUGGAUCCAAAAUUAAAGAAGUGAAAUUGGAUGAUAAAGAUCGACUGGUUUUGUCUUUGGAAGGAAAUACUAUUUGUGAAAAAAAUCAAAAAUACUCAACAGAUUUAAUGUUUACUUGCAAUAAAAAUAUGAGUGAAAAUAAAACUGAUUUUAAGCUAAAUGUUAAUCAUUGCAAGUAUAUUAUAGAAUUGACUUCAGCAGUUGGUUGCCCAGUAGAUGAUUUGGAUAUAAGAAAUGUUUGUAAAGUUACAAUACCUCAUACCCAUUUUAAAUUUAAUUUGAAUCCUUUACGACGUUUAACCAAUAACUAUUUGGUUGAAAACCAAAAUCGUAAAUUUGAGCUCAAUAUCUGUGGCCGUCUAACUGACAACAACAAAUGUGGUGGUAAUAUCACAACAAUAUGCGAUAUAACUGAUAUCAAAAAUCCUAAAGUGUAUGCUGUUGGAAAGCUUGCAAAUGAUCAACUUCUGUAUGAUACAGAUAGUAAUGUCUUAAAAUUGAUCCAACACGAAAAAGCUACUAAAAAUAAAAAAGGUAGAAGAAUUGAAUUUAUUUUUAAGUGUGAUGAAAAUAUAGCACCUGAACAUACAAUACCAAAAUAUUUAAAUGACGAAAAUCACCAAGAAAAAACAAUUUCCCCUAAUAUUGCAUAUUUUGAAGUAGCUACAUCAGCUGUUUGUAUACCAAGAAUGAUAUCAUGCGAAGUAAUUACAAAAUAUGCAGCUCGUUUCAAUUUAAAACCUUUACACAAGCGAGUAGACAAUUAUAAAAUUAUUGAUGGAAACAAUGGCGGAAUUUUUUACUUAAAUAUUUGUGGUUAUUUAAAUGAAUAUGAUGGACAAAUUCCAACUUCAUGUACAGUCAAUGGUAAAACUUCUGCUUGUUAUGUGGAUAGUACAGGUAAAGGAAUUUCUAUUGGGUCAACUCAAAUUGGUCCUUACUAUGACGGAAAUUCAAUAAUAUUGAAUUAUACAGAUGGAGAUAAUUGUCAAAAUUCUUUCAAGUGGUCAACUGUUAUCAAUUUAACUUGUUCUGGUGAAACGAAACUCAUACACAAAUUAACCAAUUUCACUCUAUGUACACAUACAUUUCAUUGGAAAACCCCUAAAGCAUGUGAAAUAUUGUUUGAGAGAAACGAUCAAUGUAUGGUUACACACCCAUGGUAUUCUCAAACUUUGUACAAUAUUAGCAAUUUAAAAUAUCAGACGUUUGAAAAGGACAUUGAAGAUAGCGCAUCAUUUCGAUUUAGUAUUUGUGGUCCAUUGCAAAAACCAUGUAAUGGUAUUUUAGAUUCAGCUGCAUGCUGGUCAGUUGAUGGUACUGAAAUGAACAUAGGGAUAUUUACUGAACAGAUAGUGUUUGAUAAUGGUUCCAUCUACAUUUCCAUGCAUGGAGAAAAAUGUGUUAAUAAUGGACAGGGACCUAACAGUCACACUAUUAUUAGAUUUGUGUGUGAUUACUCAGAUUUAAAAUGGAUUGAAUACAAGAAGGAUUUUGAUGAUUGUACUUUUGAAUUCAUCGUAUAUACAAAAUAUGCAUGUACACAACCGUUAAAAAUUAAUUGUACAGUCAAUGAUCGAUUGGGAAAUAUUUUUGAUCUAAGUAAAUUAACUAAAUUGAACAGUAAUUAUGAAAUUAUCACUAAGCAAAAGAAAACAAUUAUUUUAAAUGUUUGUCACUCUGUUAUUAAUAAUGAUAUUAAUGGUGUAAACUGUCAAUUCAAUAGUGGAGUCUGUUUAGUCGACCAUAAUGAUUUAUUAUAUUCUAACCGAUAUAGAAAUCUUGGCGAUGUGAAGGAAAGCCCUCAAAAAAAGGGAAAUAAAAUAAUAUUAGAAAUGAAUAAUGGUUUUUAUAAUGGUCACAUAGUUUCUUCAGUUAUUGAAUUUAUAUGUUCAAAUAAAAUUCAUGGCCCAGUAUUAACUGCCGAAGAAAAUCAUAAAUAUAUAUUCCAAUGGUUCACACCAUUGGUGUGUCCUAAUCCUCAACAAAUUAAAAAAAGAGAAAUAAUAAACAAUUAUGAUACAUUAGAACCAACUUACAUACAAAUUGAUGGAUUAAACUAUACCACAUAUAUUUGUCCCAAAAACAAUGAUGAUGUCGAUUAUAAUUCAGGAAUUUGUUUAAACAAUGCAUCUUCACAUGGACAUACAAUAAUUUUGUUUGUCAAUGAACAGAAAAAUAUAUAUACUCUGCAAAACCAACUUUAUUUUGAUCAUAAAAGUAAUACAGUUUGUGAUGAAAAUAGAAAUACAACAGUUCUAAUGAGGUUUAUGUUUUAUUGUGGGUAUAAGCUACAAACAUCUAAAGUUGCGAAAAAUAAUUGUACGACUAAUGUUCUCAGUAUUGAUCCAGAGAUGUGUGAUGAAAAAUUGGAAUGUAAUAUAAGUUUGUACGAUUUAACACCGAUUAAAGGAACUCAUAUAGUUAUUAUUAAUGGAAGAAAGUAUUACCUAAACAUAUGUAUACCCGGAGCAGAAGGUAUUGGAGGAAUAAUGGAAGUCAAUAAUACAAUUUAUAAUAUUGGUUAUCAAUUAACACCAUUUAAAAUAAAUGAAGCGGGAACUGUUGAAAUGUAUUUCAAAAAUGGAGAUAGUUGUACUGAUUCAAGAUUAAAAAUAAAAAACACAAAGUAUUCUACAAUAAUAAAAUUUAUAUGUGAUAUAACUGAAAAUGAAGGAAAACCAAUAUUUGAGAACAAUGUAAACAAUUGCACAUUCAAUUUUGAAUGGAAAACUAGUCUUGUAUGCAGCAGAAAAUUGGUAGAAUUUGAUAAGGAUAAGUGUGCGGCAACUCUUAAAAUAUCUAGUCAAAAUGUUACAAACAAUACAACCAUAGAUUUGAAUAAUAUCUUGAAUAUUAAUAAUUUCAUAGAUAACUCAACAAAAACAAAUUAUCAAAUAGAUUUUUGCAAUGGAUCUGUCAGUUUAAAUGGAUCAAUAUAUUUUGGAAAUAUGAGUCUUGGAUAUGAUAUAUUUAAGAAACAAUUAAUUGCUAAUUUUCCAAAUACAAAUGAUAAAAAUUUCACAAAUAUGGAAAUUAUUGUUGUAUGCACCAAAUCGACAGAAAAAUUAUCAACAUUUCAAGUUGUUUCAACAAAUAGUGGAGUAAGAAUCUAUGCAUACUCUAAAGGUGUGUGUUGUAUGAAUUUCAAUGAUCACACAUAUACAGAAAUGUGUAGAACAUAUCAAUUAAUUGCUAUAUCAACUACAAAUACUGUUGAAAAUCAGCUAUCUAUGAGUUCAGAAAAUAAUAAAUCAAUUGAAUCUAAUUUAAAAAUUAUUAAAAUAGAAGUACCGAUAUUAUCAAUUACCGAACAAAUCGAAGAAUCUGUGACACUUGCAAACUAUAAUACAACCUUACAACAGUUCCAUGGUAAAGAUGGGAUUUCUGACAAUUUUACGGGUAUACCAAUUACGAAAAAAGAAGUGUCUGGUACUUCAUUUUAUACAGUUAUAGUACUAAUGGUUUUAGUGUCAAUACCAUUGACAUGGGUUUACCGCUGGAAGUUACUGAAGGAAAUGAGAAAAAUUUCUUAUUCUCUACCAUUUGUCAGGCGGAGACGAGGAAAUUAUAAUCGUAAUUUAAUGUAAAUGUCAAUUCUAUAUUUAUUGUAUUCUUUAUAAAAGUUAUUUAUGGUUAAAAAAAAUGUUCCUUAAUAUUUUUGAAAAGUUUCUGUUG